AUGUCCGAGGAAGACCGCAAGAACCUCCAGACGAUGAUGAGGAUUCAGGAUCGACCUUGGUCUCUGCCGAGGUUCUCCCAUGGUGAUUUGAAUCCGUUUAAUGUUCUUGUUUGGGGGUUCUCGGGGUGGUAUCCGCCGUAUUGGGAGCAUACGUCGGCGUGGUUUGGUAAUGCUACGAGGAUGAAAUGGCAGGGUAGGCUGGAUAAGAUACUCGACCGACCACGUUCCGAGGAGUUCAAGAUGGAAGAGGUUCCUGCGGAAGCUUCGUACUGGGAAGCGGCACGGUCUCCUUAUACUCCAACGUACGGCUUCGGUUUCAACAACACUGCAGCUUAG